GGAGUUAGACCAGCACUGUAAAAGCCCCGACCCCUCCCGUUCCGGAGAACUACUGCUCUAUGGUGACGCCCAGGCUACCCGCACUCCCCAAGCUAUUCAAUGCCUCGUGUUUCUUGGAUUCAACGCUGCAUUGCAACUGUAUCUUCUAUGGGGACCCCACGCCCACCAUCGAGUGGAAGACUAUGGAUGGGAAAAAUAUGAGUAACUAUAUGAAAUUGACGUCCUCAUCGAUUGGCCCCUGGGCCAACAGCACCAUCCACCUGUUUGAGGAGCCACGAAACACCAUGGGCGUGCUUUGUGAGGGGAAGAGCCAAAGUGGCCUCCACGCGUUGAGCUUCCUCAUGAUGCCACCAAAGACGGGCUUUGGUUCCCAGACAUUCCUGCAAGGGCUGCUCCAGGGCAUCGAGUAUGGCGCCAUCGCAGCUGGGUUGCUGUUCCUCCUCCUCCUCCCUUUCAUAGUGAAGCAUAUCAGGAAGAAAAUGACAAAGAGAAUCGCAGAGACGGCAGAGAGCCCUGUCACCGAAGCACCCGAAGAACCCAGGACCUCUCUGCAGCCCGAAGAACCUUACGAAGAGCAGGAGCAGGAACGCAAGGUCAGCCAGUUCAGCCAGACCAGUGAGAAGACGGAAACGCAGACCACGACAGAAACGGUGGCGACGGGGGGGACCUCGAGCACAUAUAAUUCCAUACCCUUCCUGCAAUGACAGAAGCCUCCCUAGAGGAGGGCCCGGAUCCCCCGCCUCCACCCCCAGAGCCUCCCGCUCACAAA